UAGAAUUUUCAACAUAACCUAAAAGUUGUGAAGAAAAAAGGUUUAUUUAGUACUUUUUGUAUACCUUUAUAAAUACGUUAUGUACGGGAAGGGUCGGGAAUCAGAUGACGGACCCACCGAGUUGGAGUCGCAGUUUAUAUUGCGAUUGCCGGAGGAAGCGGCCAGGGUUUUACGCGAAGCGUUGCGUAGCUGCGCGAACCUGAAAGACCGCUUUUCUAUCAAAAUCGAAGACGACAUGAGACAUUCCGAGGUACGACUUGACCACUGGCUGCUGCCUGGCAAAGUGAUCGACUUACCGACUGUUAUAGAGUCGCUCAAGACGAUCGACUCGAAAAGUUUUUAUAAAACGGCCGACAUAUGCCAGAUGCUGAUCUGCAAGGAGGAAGACGAUCAAUCGUUUGUGGAGGAGGAAUCGCCCCAAAAGAAAAAAAAAGACUCCAACAAGGUGGACAAGAAGUACUUGUGGCCUCACGGUAUCACCCCUCCUGCCAAAAACGUGAGAAAGAGGAGGUUCAGGAAAACGCUGAAGAAGAAAUACGUCGAGGCGCCGGAGAUAGAGAAAGAAAUCAAGCGGUUACUGAGGAGCGACAGUGACGCGGUGAGCGUCAAGUGGGAAGUGAUCAACGAAGAUGACGAAAAUAAAGUGAAUAAAGGUACUGUGAUCAAGAAGGAGAUCAUUGAUCCUCCUCAGGUAGCCGAAGACGAUAUUUUCGGUGGCGCGGUCAGCGAUUCAGACGACGAGGAGGCCCAUCUCAACGUUUUGGACGUUAUUGACGAGAACAGUCAGAAUUCCGGCGACAGUCGCUUGUCCGAUUCCAACUCGGUGAUGAAUAAUUCAGCGGAAUCGAAACUAAUAACUGAAUUUUCUAGUGAAAUGUUCAACGAGAUGCGCGAUUCGCCAAGCGUCAUGCAAGACCUCGACUACUACCAGCAGUCAUCUUCAACAAUAUCGUUUUCUGAGACUAACCUGAGCAAAGAGACCAUUGAGGCAAAGCUCGACGAGCUCAAUGUCGAGCUGAACGACAUUAAAAACAGGCGUAUGCAGCAGGAGAUGAAGAUUGAGAAUAUUGAAAACUUGGCGCUGCGCCAACGAUUUCAAGAGAAUCUUGAGCGUCUUAUGCAGGAACAGAUUGAGAAGCAGCAUGAUAUCUAUGAGCUGCAGGAGCUGCUCAAACAGCUCGAUUGACUAAGGAGACGCUGAUAGUUGGCGGCGACUAUCAGUUACAGAGAGGGAUGGGCUAUAUUGAAAAUUAUUGAGUUUUUUUUGAGUGGGUGUCCAUAUUUCUAUGCUUAUAUUAUAUUUAUAUAAUCUAGUAGCCGAAUUAGAGGGGUAGGAUUUAAGGAGAAAAUAUUGUCUUUUUUAGUUAGCUAUGUGGGUAUUUAUACGCAUAU